AUGUCUGGAGGAAGUCUCCUAUUUGCUGCUUACACAGUGCUCCUUCUUCUUCUUCUUCUUCAUGUUCCUUCCUCUUCUUCCCAAACAGUUUCCAAUGAUAACUCUGAUUGUACCCGUUCUUGUGGAAAUAUUAACAUAAGCUCUCCAUUCCGAUUGAAAGGAGACUCUCAACACUGCGGCAACAAAAGCUUCGAGCUAUCUUGUGAGGCCAAGGGAGAUGGUACUACUCAUCAUGCAGUGCUAUACUUGUUAUCAGGAAAGUAUUAUGUACAAGCAAUCAAUUACAAUAACUUGACAAUCCGACUUGUGGAUGCUGGUGUUCACAAGAUCAAGGACAACUACUUCUCCCACCCACUCCACUCCUUGACCCCCUUCAACUUUUCUUCUUAUUACUCUAAUUAUACAGGUCCUUAUGAUUACCCAACUGAUUAUCCUUACCGAAAAUCAUCAAUGUCUAUAAUCUUCCUGAGCUGUGAAAAUCCAAUGAAUCCUUCCGAUCUCAUUGUUGAAACAGCUCCAUGCAUCAGUGGGGUCAACAACUAUUCUGCUUCCAAUUCUUCUUUCUCCAAUUUAACAACGUAUUCUUAUUUCAUGAAAUAUUCUUAUUCCAUGAAAUAUUCUUAUUCCAAUCCAACAAUAAGUUUAUACAAUUGGGGGGAUUCCUGCAAAAUAACACUAAUGGUUAUGGUGUCCCCUUCAACUGAGGAGCACAUGACGUCUUGCAAAGGAAUAUAUAAUGAAAUAGCGCAUGGCUUUGAACUCUCAUGGCUUGAUUAUGGAUGCAUAGGAAGUUGCGCGUAUUAUGGCUUUCAACUCUCAUGGCGGCUUUCAACUCUCAACGGCACUGGAAUUGAUCAAUGCUCAGAACAAGUACGAGAAAUCCCUUGGUACGACAAGAUCAUAAUGAACAUAAUCGAGAAAAUAGGCGAGUGGAUCCCUCAACUCUCAAUAUACCUGGCAGCCAAAUUUUCAUUGGGUUUUUGUUGUUUAACUGCACUGGUAAUAUAUAAAUGGCGAAGGAGGCACUUGUCAAUGUAUGAGAAUAUAGAAGACUUUCUACGCAGUAAUAAUAAUUUCAUGCCAAUAAGGUACUCUUACUCGGACAUCAAAAAGAUGGCCAUAGGUUUCAAGGACAAAUUGGGGGAAGGAGGCUAUGGCUCUGUAUACAAGGCAAAGCUCCGCAGCGGUCGCCUU